AUGUCGGCCGGGGACUGGCAAGCUGUGCAAGUUAAGGCCAAGGCCAAGGCCGAGGAAGAGGCCCGGCUUGCGGCCGAGGAGGAGGCCCGGCUUGCAGCAGAGGCUGAGGCCAAGGCCAAGGCCGAGGAAGAGGCCCGGCUUGCGGCCGAGGCUGAGGCCAAGGCCAAGGCCGAGGAGGAGGCCCGGCUUGCGGCUGAGGCCGAGGCCAAGGCCAAGGCCGAGGAAGAGGCCCGGCUUGCGGCCGAGGCUGAGGCCAAGGCCAAGGCCGAGGAGGAGGCCCGGCUUGCGGCCGAGGAGGAGGCCCGGCUUGCAGCAGAGGCCGAGGCCAAGGCCAAGGCCGAGGAGGAGGCACGGCUUGCAGCAGAGGCCGAGGCCAAGGCCAAGGCCGAGGAGGAGGCCCGGCUUGCGGCUGAGGCCGAGGCCAAGGCCAAGGCCGAGGAGGAGGCCCGGCUUGCAGCAGAGGCCGAGGCCAAGGCCAAGGCCGAGGAGGAGGCCCGGCUUGCGGCCGAGGCUGAGGCCAAGGCCAAGGCCGAGGAAGAGGCCCGGCUUGCGGCUGAGGCCGAGGCCAAGGCCAAGGCCCGCGCAGCACUGUUUACGGCAGUGGCACCGACUGUGGAGGAGUCGACGCCGUUGAGCAUCAACAUCCGAGGCCGGCGUCCCGAGCCCGGUCGUGUCCGCGCGUUUCUCUUUACCGAGUCACCUGCCAACCCAUGGUUGGUGAUGACGCAGACUGGUCACGACCAAGCCAUCCAGCGCCUUGAUGCAAAGACGGCGUGCCUUUCUGGCCUCUCGCCGGUCUCGUCAACGAUUACGUCGGAUGCUGGACUCCGCGCCUCGCGUCGGCGGCCCGCGGCCGACAAGGCAUCGGCACGCCCGCUGAAGAUGGCAUUCCACAAGGCCAGCGAUGGCGAGCCCAUUCCCGGCCAUGCGCACGCGGCCACAACCAUGACUCUCGGCGCUCAGGUGCUCACCAUCAGCGGCGCUGACGAUGGCACUGUCACUGUUGCGCCAGCAACACAGGCAGGUCCUACAGCAAGCGCGGAGUCGACUGUGCCUGGAGCCGACAGCGUGCCCUCAAGUCUGACCGCCACCGCCACCGCACUCGCCUCGGCCCCGCUCGCAGUCUCAGUCUAUGUGGAAAGCGACCAGGCGGUGUCGACGCAAACGCUGCCGCCAACGGGACACCCCGCCGCCGGUCGCAUUGGGCGCGCUCCACCCAUUUUGUUCAGCGGCCUGGGUCCCGAUGGCGGUCGUCGUGUCUUGCCGCUCGACGCCCGGUCGGCCUGUCUUGAUGUCGAGGACGACCGCCCACCGGUCUCAGUCACUGGUGACGACGUGCCGCAGACUGGCAUUGUCACCAGUGUCCGCAAGCUUGGCCACAACAAGUCGGUUGUUCAGCUCGCGCAGAGAGGCCUUGCGCCCACCCUCCGUGUCAAUCAUCACGUCAGCGAUGCGAGCCAUGGUAUCACAAGCGGUGACAUCUUUAUUGCCAGCGAUGGUGCUGCUACUGUCAACGCGUCGAGCUCAGACUGUGGAAACAGCGACGGCGGCGCAGGUAGCAUUCACCACGGAGCCGAUGAGAGUGGCGCGACUACCAAUGGCACUGGCAACGAUGAUGCUGAAGGCGAUGAUGGUAGCGAUGCUGCUGUCGUUGCGGCUGUGGCUGCUGGCGCAGGUGCUGCUGUUGUUGCCGGUGCUGCUGUUGCUGGCGACGAGCCAGCCCCUGCUGCACCGAAGACAGUGGUUGUGGAGGACUCUGCUCCGGUUGUCUCGCGCGUGUGCAAGACGACCGAGUCGUCGUCCAUCGCCGCCGCUCCGCCUAUCGUGCUUGCCGGUGACGCUGGCGGUGUCCAGCCACUCGUCUCCAAGUCGGCGACGGUGUCGGUUGAUGCGACUGGUCCCAACGCUGACGUACUCAGCAAGAACACACCCGAGUCUGCCGUGGCUGCUCGUGUGGUGCCCAAGGCAUCCGUGGCCGGCGCUGCCGCUCCUGCUGCGCUCGCAGCCGGCGGUCUCGCAACCAAGCACAACGUCGGUGGCGUGACCGAUGUUGACCAGAUCUACGUUGCUGGUGAGGAGUCGGGCUCGGGCUCGGGCUCGGGCUCGGACGAGGCUUCCGAUGCCGCCGACGACAACGUUGGCGCUUCGGACGAGCCCGCCGAGCCUGCUGCCGCCGAGGAUGCUGUCGAGCCUGCUGCCGCCCAGGAGCCUGCCGAGGCCGCUGCCGCCGACGACAACGGUGCUGAUGGCGAUGACGGCAGCGAUGCUGCUGUCGCUGCGGCUGUGGCUGCUGGUGCAGGUGCUGCUGUUGUUGCCGGUGCUGCUGUUGCUGGCGACGAGCCAGCCCCUGCUGCACCGAAUACCGUGGUUGUGGAGGACUCUGCUCCGGUUGUCUCGCGCAUCGCGAAGAGCACCGAGUCGUCGUCCAUCGCCGCCGCUCCACCCAUUGUGCUUGCCGGUGACGCUGGCGGCGUCCAGCCGCUCGUCUCGAAGUCGGCGACGGUGUCGAUCGACGCUACUGGUCCCAACGCGGACGUGCUCGGCAAGAACACACCCGAGUCUGCCGUGGCUGCUCGUUUGGUGCCCAAGUCAUCCGUGGCCGGCGCAACGGCCGGUGUUGGUGCUCCUGCCGCCGGCGGUCUCGCGACCAAGCACAACGUCGGUGGCGUGACCGAUGUCGACCAGAUCUACGUUGCUGGUGAAGAUUCGGGAUCGGGCUCGGGCUCGGGCUCGGGCUCCUGCUCGGGCGAGGCUUCCGAUGCCGCCGACGACAACGUUGGCGCUUCGGACGAGCCCGCCGAGCCUGCUGCCGCCGAGCAUGCUGUCGAGCCUGCUGCCGCCCAGGAGCCUGUCGAGGCCGCUGCCGCCGACGACGACGGUGCUGAUGGCGAUAACGGUAGCGAUGUUCCUGUCGCUGCGGCUGUGGCUGCUAGUGCAGGUGCUGCUGUUGUUGCCGGUGCUGCUGUUGCUGGCGACGAGCCAGCCCCUGCUGCACCGAAUACCGUGGUUGUGGAGGACUCUGCUCCGGUUGUCUCGCGCGUGUGCAAGACGACCGAGUCGUCGUCAUCGCAUCCGUGGCCGGCGGCUGCCGCUCCUGCUGCGGUCGCAGCGGGUGGUCUUGCGACGAAGCACAGCGUCGGUGGCGUGACCGAUAUCGACCAGAUCUACGUUGCUGGUGAAGAUUCGGGCUCGGGUUCGGGCUCGGGUUCGGGCUCCGGCUCGGGCGAGGCUUCCGAUGCCGCCGACGACGACGUUGGCGCUUCGGACGAGCCCGCUGCGCCUGCUGCCGCCGAGGAGCCCGCCGAGCCUGCUGCCGCCGAGGAGCCUGUCGAGCCUACUGCCGCCGAGGAGCCUGUCGAGCCUGCUGUCGCCGCCGACGACGGGGCUGAUGGCGAUAGCGGUAGCGAUGCUCCUGUCGCUGCGGCUGUGGCUGCUGGUGCAGGUGCUGCUGUUGUUGCCGGUGCUGCUGUUGCUGCAUCGUCUGGUGACGAGCCUGCCCCUGCUGCGACCAAGACCGUGGUUGUGGAGGACUCUGCUCCGGUUGUCUCGCGCAUCACCAAGACGACCGAGUCGUCGUCCAUCGCCGCCGCUCCGCCUAUCGUGCUUGCCGGUGACGCUGGCGGUGUCCAGCCACUCGUCUCCAAGUCGGCGACGGUGUCGGUUGACGCUACCGGUCCCAACGCGGACGUGCUCGGCAAGAACACACCCGAGUCUGCCGUGGCUGCUCGUGUGGUGCCCAAGUCAUCCGUGGCCGGCGCUGCCGCUCCUGCUGCGCUCGCAGCGGGUGGUCUUGCGACGAAGCACAGCGUCGGUGGCGUGACCGAUGUUGACCAGAUCUACGUUGCUGGUGAAGAUUCGGGCUCGGGUUCGGGCUCGGGUUCGGGCUCCGGCUCGGGCGAGGCUUCCGAUGCCGCCGACGACGUUGGCGCUUCGGACGAACCCGCCGAGCCUGCUGCCGCCGACGAACCCGCCGAGCCUGCUGCCGCCGACGACAACGGGGCUGAUGGCGAUGACGGCAGCGAUGCUGCUGUCGUUGCGGCUGUGGCUGCUGGUGCAGGUGCUGCUGUUGUUGCCGGUGCUGCUGUUGCUGCAUCGUCUGACGACGAGCCAGCCCCUGCUGCACCGAAGACCGUGGUUGUGGAGGACUCUGCUCCGGUUGUCUCGCGCGUGUGUAAGACGACCGAGUCGUCGUCCAUCGCCGCCGCUCCGCCCAUCGUGCUUGCCGGUGACGCUGGCGGUGUCCAGCCGCUCGUCUCGAAGUCGGCGACGGUGUCGGUUGAUGCGACUGGUCCUAACGCUGACGUGCUCGGCAAGAACACACCCGAGUCUGCCGUGGCUACUCGUGUGGUGCCCAAGUCAUCCGUGGCCGGCGCUGCCGCUCCUGCUGCGCUCGCAGCCGGUGGUCUUGCGACGAAGCACAAUGUCGGUGGCGUGACCGAUGUCGAGCAGAUCUACGUUGCUGGUGAAGAUUCGGGCUCGGGCUCGGGCUCCGGCUCGGACGCAGCCUCGGAUGCCGCCGACGACGACGUUGGCGCUUCGGACGAACCCGCCGAGCCUGCUGCCGCCGAGGAUGCUGUCGAGCCUACUGCCGCCGAGGAGCCUGUCGAGCCUGCUGUCGCCGACGACGACGGGGCUGAUGGCGAUGACGGUAGCGAUGCUCCUGUCGCUGCGGCUGUGGCUGCUGGUGCAGGUGCUGCUGUUGUUGCCGGUACUGCUGUUGCUGCAUCGUCUGGUGACGAGCCAGCCCCUGCUGCACCGAAGACAGUGGUUGUGGAGGACUCUGCCCCAGUCGUCUCGCGCGUGUGCAAGACGACCGAGUCGUCGUCCAUCGCCGCCGCUCCGCCCAUUGUGCUUGCCGGUGACGCUGGUGGUGUCCAGCCGCUCGUCUCGAAGUCGGCGACGGUGUCGAUCGACGCUACUGGUCCCAACGCGGACGUGCUCGGCAAGAACACGCCCGAGUCUGCCGUGGCUGCUCGUGUGGUGCCCAAGUCAUCCGUGGCCGGCGCAACGGCCGGUGUUGGUGCUUUUGCCGCCGGCGGUCUCGCGACCAAGCACAACGUCGGUGGCGUGACCGAUGUCGACCAGAUCUACGUUGCUGGUGAGGAGUCGGGCUCGGGCUCGGGCUCCGGCUCGGGCUCCGGCUCGGGCGAGGCUUCCGAUGCCGCCGACGACAACGUUGGCGCUUCGGACGAGCCCGCCGAGCCUGCUGCCGCCGACGAACCCGCCGAGCCUGCUGCCGCCGAGGAGCCUGCCGAGCCUGCUGUCGCCGAGGAGCCUGUCGAGCCUGCUUACGCGGACGACGACGGGGCUGAUGGCGAUAACGGUAGCGAUGCUGCUGUCGUUGCGGCUGUGGCUGCUGGCGCAGGUGCUGCUGUUGUUGCCGGUGCUGCUGUUGCUGGCGACGAGCCAGCCCCUGCUGCACCGAAGACAGUGGUUGUGGAGGACUCUGCUCCGGUUGUCUCGCGCGUGUGCAAGACGACCGAGUCGUCGUCCAUCGCCGCCGCUCCGCCUAUCGUGCUUGCCGGUGACGCUGGCGGUGUCCAGCCACUCGUCUCCAAGUCGGCGACGGUGUCGGUUGAUGCGACUGGUCCCAACGCUGACGUACUCGGCAAGAACACACCCGAGUCUGCCGUGGCUGCUCGUGUGGUGCCCAAGGCAUCCGUGGCCGGCGCUGCCGCUCCUGCUGCGGUCGCAGCGGGUGGUCUUGCGACGAAGCACAGCGUCGGUGGCGUGACCGAUGUUGACCAGAUCUACGUUGCUGGUGAGGAGUCGGGCUCGGGUUCGGGAUCGGGUUCGGGCUCCGACUCGGGCGAGGCUUCCGAUGCCGCUGACGACGACGUUGGCGCUUCGGACGAGCCCGCCGAGCCUGCUGCCGCCGACGAACCCGCCGAGCCUGCUGCCGCCGAGGAGCCUGCCGAGCCUGCUGUCGCCGAGGAGCCUGUCGAGCCUGCUGUCGCCGACGACGACGGGGCUGAUGGCGAUAACGGUAGCGAUGCUCCUGUCGUUGCGGCUGUGGCUGUUGGUGCAGGUGCUGCUGUUGUUGCCGGUGCUGCUGUUGCUGGCGACGAGCCAGCCCCUGCUCCACCGAAGACCGUGGUUGUGGAGGACUCUGCCCCAGUCGUCUCGCGCAUCACCAAGACGACCGAGUCGUCGUCCAUCGCCGCCGCUCCGCCCAUCGUGCUUGCCGGUGACGCUGGCGGUGUCCAGCCGCUCGUCUCGAAGUCGGCGACGGUGUCGGUUGAUGCGACUGGUCCCAACGCGGAUGUGCUCGGCAAGAACACACCCGAGUCUGCUGUGGCUGCUCGUGUGGUGCCCAAGGCAUCCGUGGCCGGCGCUGCCGCUCCUGCUGCGGUCGCAGCGGGUGGUCUCGCGACCAAGCACAACGUCGGUGGCGUGACCGAUGUUGACCAGAUCUACGUUGCUGGUGAGGAGUCGGGCUCGGGCUCGGGCUCGGACGAGGCUUCCGAUGCCGCCGACGACAACGUUGGCGCUUCGGACGAGCCCGCCGAGCCUGCUGCCGCCGAGGAUGCUGUCGAGCCUGCUGCCGCCCAGGAGCCUGCCGAGGCCGCUGCCGCCGACGACAACGGGGCUGAUGGCGAUGACGGCAGCGAUGCUUCUGUCGUUGCGGCUGUGGCUGCUGGUGCGGGUGCUGCUGUUGUUGCCGGUGCUGCUGUUGCUGCAUCGUCUGACGACGAGCCAGCCCCUGCUGCACCGAAGACAGUGGUUGUGGAGGACUCUGCUCCGGUCGUCUCGCGCAUCGCGAAGAGCACCGAGUCGUCGUCCAUCGCCGCCGCUCCACCCAUUGUGCUUGCUGGUGACGCUGGCGGUGUCCAGCCGCUCGUCUCCAAGUCGGCGACGGUGUCGGUUGACGCUACCGGUCCCAACGCGGAUGUGCUCGGCAAGAACACACCCGAGUCUGCUGUGGCUGCUCGUGUGGUGCCCAAGGCAUCCGUGGCCGGCGCUGCCGCUCCUGCUGCGGUCGCAGCGGGUGGUCUUGCGACGAAGCACAGCGUCGGUGGCGUGACCGAUGUCGACCAGAUCUACGUUGCUGGUGAAGAUUCGGGGUCGGGUUCGGGCUCGGGUUCGGGCUCCGGCUCGGGCGAGGCUUCCGAUGCCGCCGACGACGUUGGCGCUUCGGACGAACCCGCCGAGCCUGCUGUCGCCGAGGAGCCUGUCGAGCCUGCUGUCGCCGACGACGACGGGGCUGAUGGCGAUGACGGUAGCGAUGCUCCUGUCGUUGCGGCUGUGGCUGCUGGUGCAGGUGCUGCUGUUGUUGCCGGCGCUGCUGUUGCUGCAUCGUCUGGCGACGAGCCAGCCCCUGCUGCACCGAAGACCGUGGUUGUGGAGGACUCUGCUCCGGUUGUCUCGCGCGUGUGCAAGACGACCGAGUCGUCGUCCAUCGCCGCCGCUCCGCCUAUCGUGCUUGCCGGUGACGCUGGCGGUGUCCAGCCGCUCGUCUCGAAGUCGGCGACGGUGUCGGUUGAUGCGACUGGUCCCAACGCUGACGUACUCGGCAAGAACACACCCGAGUCUGCCGUGGCUGCUCGUGUGGUGCCCAAGGUAUCCGUGGCCGGCGCUGCCGCUCCUGCUGCGGUCGCAGCGGGUGGUCUUGCGACGAAGCACAAUGUCGGUGGCGUGACCGAUGUCGAGCAGAUCUACGUUGCUGGUGAAGAUUCGGGCUCGGGCUCGGGCUCGGGCUCGGACGAGGCUUCCGAUGCCGCCGACGACAACGUUGGCGCUUCGGACGAGCCCGCCGAGCCUGCUGCCGCCGAGGAUGCUGUCGAGCCUGCUGCCGCCCAGGAGCCUGUCGAGCCUGCUGUCGCCGACGACGACGGUGCUGAUGGCGAUAACGGUAGCGAUGCUCCUGUCGUUGCGGCUGUGGCUGCUGGUGCAGGUGCUGCUGUUGUUGCCGGUGCUGCUGUUGCUGGCGACGAGCCAGCCCCUGCUGCGACCAAGACCGUGGUUGUGGAGAACUCUGCCCCAGUCGUCUCGCGCGUGUGCAAGACGACCGAGUCGUCGUCCAUCGCCGCCGCUCCGCCUAUCGUGCUUGCCGGUGACGCUGGCGGUGUCCAGCCGCUCGUCUCCAAGUCGGCGACGGUGUCGAUUGACGCUACCGGUCCCAACGCGGACGUGCUUGGCAAGAACACACCCGAGUCUGCCGUGGCUGCUCGUGUGGUGCCCAAGGCAUCCGUGGCCGGCGCUGCCGCUCCUGCUGCGGUCGCAGCGGGUGGUCUUGCGACGAAGCACAGCGUCGGUGGCGUGACCUUUGUUGCUGGUGAAGAUUCGGGGUCGGGUUCGGGCUCGGGCUCGGGCUCCGGCUCGGACGAGGCUUCUGAUGCCGCUGACGACAACGUUGGCGCUUCGGACGAGCCCGCCGAGCCUGCUGUCACCGAGGAGCCUGUCGAGCCUGCUGCCGCCGACGACGACGGGGCUGAUGGCGAUGACGGUAGCGAUGCUCCUGUCGUUGCGGCUGUGGCUGCUGGUGCAGGUGCUGCCGGCGCUGCUGUUGCUGCAUCGUCUGGCGACGAGCCAGCCCCUGCUGCACCGAAUACCGUGGUUGUGGAGAACUCUGCCCCAGUCGUCUCGCGCGUGUGCAAGACGACCGAGUCGUCGUCCAUCGCCGCCGCUCCGCCUAUUGUGCUUGCCGGUGACGCUGGCGGUGUCCAGCCGCUCGUCUCCAAGUCGGCGACGGUGUCGGUUGAUGCGACUGGUCCCAACGCGGACGUACUCGGCAAGAACACGCCCGAGUCUGCCGUGGCUGCUCGUGUGGUGCCCAAGGCAUCUGUGGCCGGCGCUGCCGCUCCUGCUGCGCUCGCAGCCGGCGGUCUCGCAACCAAGCACAACGUCGGUGGCGUGACCGAUGUUGACCAGAUCUACGUUGCUGGUGAGGAGUCGGGCUCGGGUUCGGGCUCGAGCUCGGGUUCAGGCUCGUACUCUAGCUCUGAUAGUGACGACGACCUGUCGGCUUCUGAGGCGCUUGGUGUGACUCCAACCACCGACGCUCGUAGUGGCAAGGACGUGGUGCCGCCGGUCUCCCACACCAGUGAUGUUGCCAUGACAACCCCUCCGGCGGCUGCCACCCAAUUUCUUGUGGAAGACCCACCCGCAGUCAUCUCACGCGUCUGUACCACUACCGAGUCUGCAGCUGUCUCGGCAGCGCCUCCGAUUGUACUUGGUGCCCGCUCGCAUAAGCCUGGCAGCAUCCAGUCGCUGGUCUCCAAGGCCGCUUCUGUCUCGGUUGAUGACGUCGCCUCGUCAAAUGCACUCGGCAACGCCCCAGUCGCGGUCACUACAGUCGGUACACGCCUUGUCGCCAAGCCUACCGCGACCACUGCUCCAGAAUCGUCGUCGCCGCCCGUCGUCCCGCUUGUCACCACCCACCACAUCGGAGGCGUCGUCGAUGGCGACGUCAUUUACACCGUUGGAGAUACUACCGAUGGCGUCGAUGCAAGCACCGACUCGGAACCGCGCCACGCGGAACUUGGUCUUGCCUCGCCAGAAGAGCAAAAGGCUGUCCAGGAUGCCACUGAAGUUCGUGUCGCCGCCCAGGCUGGGCCGAUCGCCGACGCCAUCAAGGCCCAGGUCGCCCAACAUGGUCUGAAUGACGCAUCUGAAGAGCCCGCGCCUGUUGUAGAUGUGAUGGUCGAAGAGGCUGUCCCUGCGACCAUCCCGCUCUGGGGCACUGCCUUUACGCCUGACCAGCUCGUCUGCGUCUGGUGCGGUGUCGGCCCAGAUGCCAAGGUCCUGGUUCCCACCACGGACCCCCGCCAGUCUAGUGAUGUCGUCCCGGCCUGUGUCGCCUGUCUCGUCGACCACUCUGGUCAUGGUGCUGGCAACGAUCACGUCUGUGAGCUUUGCUUGCGUCCGCUAGACAUUCCAGGGCAGCUCCCGGCCGAGCACCGGACAGUUGUGUCCUCGUCGUCAGCCGCCCGUCUCGGUGCCUCCGGCGGCUCGAUCGAUAUCGAUACCGACGAUCUCUUGGGUCUCUCUGAUCGCUCGCUCACCUACGGCAAUGCUGCUCAUGUCGAAGAGGAGUUUGAGGUCUGA